AUGAGUGUUGGUGAAACAGGUGUUUCUAUGCUGAUUUCAGUCAGAAUGGAUCCUCCUCUUCCUCUGAUGUUUCUGAUCUUGAUUAAUGGAGUUUCUAGUGCUGAAUGGGGUGUGAAUUACAGACAUUCACACAUCUGUGCACUAAAUGACUCUUCAGUGAUACUGAGUUGUAAUUACACAUACCCUACUGGAUAUCAGAUCAGGGAACUGUUCUGGACUAAAAACCCUGUAAAAGUAGAAAAGCUUCGAGAUCUGUCUGAGGACCCUGAAUACAGUCAGAGGUUUCAGUAUUUGGGAGAUGAACAGCAGAACUGCACCAUCAAACUGAGUCAUGUGACACAGAAGGAUGAACACAUGUACUUUUUCAGAUUCACAACUAAUGUAACAUAUGGAAAUUGGACCGGUUAUCCAGGAGUGUCUCUUACUGUCACAGAUCUUCAGGUGGAGUCUCCUGAGACAGUGACAGAGGGAAAUUCAGUCCGUCUGACAUGUAACAGCAGCUGCGCUCUGACUGACAGAGCAACAUUCAUCUGGUACAGAAACUCACAGCCAUUAACUGAGAGAAGAGACAGAAACAAUCAACUCCUGCUGCAGUCAGUCAGAAGAGAGGAUGCAGGCAGAUACAGCUGUGGUGUACAGGGACACACUUACAUCUCUCCUGCUGUUCAGCUCAAUGUCACCUACCCACCAAAGAUUGUCUCACUGUCCAUCAGUCCAUCUGGUGAAAUAGUGGAGGGAGAUUCAGUGACUCUGAUCUGCAGCAGUGAUUCAAACCCUCCUGCAGAAAUCACCUGGUUUAAAGGACUAAUGAUUGUAGGAUCUGGAAGAAUAUACAGCAUCUUAAAGAUCAGCUCCGAUCACAGUGGCGAAUACAAGUGCAAAUCCAGAAAUAAACAUGGAGAGAAAUACUCUGAAACUGUCACUUUAAAUGUCAUGUAUCCUCCCAGGAAUGUCUCAGUGUCCAUCACUGAGUCUGGUCAAAUCUGGAAUGGUGAUUCGGUGACUCUGAUUUGCAGCAGUGAUUCAAACCCUCCUGCACCAAACUUCAGCUGGUUUAAGGAGAAUCAAAUGUCAUCUGUUGGAUCUGGACAGAGUUUAAGUGUAAUACAGAGUGGACGCUUCUACUGUGAAGCUCACAAUCAACAUGGAUCUCAGAGAUCAGAUGCUGUUACUGUCACUGUUAAAGUUGCAGGACGUCUGGUGAUAUUGUAUAUAUCCAUUGGAGUUGUUUCUGGAGCUUCAGUUAUCAUCACAGUGUUGCUGAUUUGGUAA